AAGCAAAAAGAACCACAGCAAAUUUACCCUUGCCCACUCCAGGCAGCCUGGAAACAUGGCACCAAAUCUGAUCUUCCUGGCUGUGAGUCCGGAAGAGAAAGAGUCCUGGAUUAAUGCCCUCAACUCUGCGAUCACACGUGCUAAAAACCGGAUCUUGGAUGAGGUCACUGUGGAAGAGGACAGUUUCCUGGCCCACCCAACRCGUGACAGAGCCAAGAUCCAGCACUCGCGGCGUCCUCCCACGCGGGGUCACCUCAUGGCUGUGGCAUCUACCUCAACCUCGGACGGAAUGCUGACCCUCGACCUGAUCCAGGAGGAGGACGCCUCUCCGGAGGAGCAGGGCACCUGUGAGCAGAGUUUCCGGGUGGAUCUGGACAAGUCUGUGGCACAGCUCACGGCCGGCCGGCGCCGCUCCGACUCGGAGAACACCAAGGCAUGGGAGCAGGGCCGGACAGGGAGCCUCCCCCGGCACGAGGUGACCGCCUGGGACAGAGCUGGCCAGCGCAGUGACUCCUGGGGCAAAGGGACCAUGUACACACCGCAGGUCCCCAAAAAGCUCUCGCACUCAGAAAAGAAUAAAUGUGCCUCCAUGGAAGAAAUCCUGUCCCGACAGGACUCUUCCACACACCGGGCGGUGCUGAGGAAGGGGCUGGAGGCUCAGUUUGCCUCAGCAGAGCCGGAGCAGCUGUCCCGGAUACAGGAACUGGUUGCACUGAAACUGGAAAAAACUCAGGAACUGCUCACAGAAGUGAAGGGCUAUGGGGAGGGCAAGAGAAUGACCAAGGACUCCAACACCAGCACCACCAUCACCACCACCUCUUCCUCAUCAUCUUCCAAGUCGGACUCUGAAAGGAUCCUGCAGGAAUCUGAGAGGCUGCUGGGGGAGGCUUCCUCCACCUGGAGUCARGCCAAGAGGGUGCUGCAGGAGAUCAAAGAGCUGAGGGACCUGUACAAACAGUUUGAGCUGCAGCAGUCAGACUCGAAGCCCAAACAGAGCUCACAGUCGCAGUUUAGGAAGAGCAUGAUGUGAAGGCAAGCCUUGGAUGGGAGGGAGGGACUGGGGAGGGCGGCCGUAUGGUUGAUUUUUUUUUUAAUUAUUAUUAUUUACAGUGUUCAAAAGAGUGAAAAGGUGCCUGUUCUCACCCAAAUUUGCUUCUCAAAGCUUGGAUCCUUCCUUUCCUCCAUCGCAUCCCCUGAUGAAUCAACGCAGUGUUCCAAUAAAUCAGUUGCAGUUUAUACCUCCUUUGUAAGAGCUCCCUUUGCACCCCAGCCCCAGCUCCUGUCAUGUUCUGAGGACGAGAGUGAGGAGCAGUUCCAGAACUGCCCGUGCCUGCCUGGAGCAGCCCUUGGGGCAGAGCUGGAUAAGCCCUGGCAUUGCUGCUGUCAUGUCUGGGCUGUGUCCCACACUGUAUCUCCUUCACCAGAACACCUGCCCUGUUCCCUCACCAUCCUCKCAGAAAUAAAUGACAUUAAAAGGUCAAAAAAAGGUGUCCAUCCUCACCACGGCCUGGAAAGCUCCGUCAUCCAGAAACUCUCCUGAAGAUGUGGGAAGUCCAGGCUGGCCUCCAGCAUUACRCAGGCCAUCGAGGCAUUUGCUGGCUGUAGCUCGAGAGCUCUGUCCUGGCACAGUCUCCUGGAGAUUUUGGGGCUGCCAGAUGUUAUUUUGGGGUGCACACAGAGCCYUCUGAAAGGGCAGCAGGGAUGCAAUCCGUGUCCACCCUGAUCCUGUCAGGCCAUUCAUGCUCCACUGAUCCCAUUGGCCCCAAGCAAUGGGAGGCAGCAGGGAUGUGUCUUCCCUUCUGUGCAACCAGAGGAUCAAAGCCUUAGAUUCGACAACAGUUGAGGGUUUKGGGGCUUUUCCAUUCUAUUUUCUCUUUUUUUUCACCUUCUUUUUUUCACUGAAAGAUUGGGGGUGUGUGCAGGAGCCAGACACCACAAGCCAACGGCAGUUUGGGUACGUUUGCCUCGCUCUCUCAGGUGUCACAGUCAGACAGCAGCAAGCUCUGCUUGGGCUGCCCAAGAUCAGAAUCAGCCCCGCUGGAACGAAAGCUGAGCCCAGAACAGAGCUCAGAUCACAGGCUGGCUCAGCUUUCACACCCAUGGGCAGGAUGUGGCUGUCUCACAGGUUCGCUCAUGUGGUAACAUCCAACUGUUCCUUGUUUUUUGAAAGGAAACCUAAUUCCCUAACCUACAUGGCAAAUAGUCCACGAAAACAUUAAACCCACAAAGUUAUUUCCUAAUCGUAGUCGGUGUUUUUCUUUCCUGGCUGUGAUGAAAAGAUUUUUUUUUAAUUAAAGAA